UCAACAACUCACAUGUGGCCUUGAAGUCGCCGCCGUUGCUGCCGUGUUGCUAGCGCUAACCGGUUACUGUGCUUUCCCAGCCCAAGUACCCGAUUCAGUCCCACACAGCCACGCGGGGUUUGAACAUAGCGCUACCCGAGCCAGCAUGCCGCCGAAGAAACCCGCCCCGGCCACGGGCAAUAAAAAAACCCAAGAGAAGAAAAAGGAAAAGAUUAUCGAGGACAAGACUUUUGGCUUGAAGAACAAAAAAGGGGCCAAGCAGCAGAAGUUCAUUAAGAACGUCACACAGCAAGUCAAGUAUGGACAGCAAAGCGCCAGACAGGAGGCGGACAAGACCAAUAAGAAGGCGGACAAGAAGAAGGAGCUCGAUGAACUCAAUGAGCUCUUCAAGCCUGUAGUCGCUGCCCAGAAAGUCAGUAAAGGUGUUGAUCCAAAGUCGGUGCUGUGUGCGUUCUUUAAGCAGGGCCAGUGUACUAAAGGCGACAAGUGUAAGUUCAGCCAUGACUUGUCCAUGGAGAGGAAGUGUGAGAAGAGAAGCGUCUACGUGGACGAAAGAGAUGAAGACCUGGAGAAAGACACUAUGGAGAACUGGGAUGAGAAGAAGCUGGAGGAAGUGGUCAACAAAAAACACGGAGAAGCAGAGAAGAAGAAAGCAAAAACACAAAUAGUGUGUAAGUACUUCCUGGACGCCAUAGAGAAUAAUAAGUAUGGCUGGUUCUGGGUGUGUCCAGGAGGGGGCGACAACUGUAUGUACAGGCACGCGCUGCCGCCUGGUUUUGUACUAAAGAAAGACAAAAAGAAGGAGGAGAAAGAAGAAGAGAUCUCAUUGGAGGAGCUGAUAGAGAGCGAGCGGGCAGCUCUGGGUGCAAACGUAACCCGCAUCACGCUGGAGACCUUCCUGGCCUGGAAGAAGAGGAAAAGGCAGGAGAAGGUGGACAAAGCCAGAGAGGAGAUGGAGAAGAAGAAGGCAGACUUCAAGGCCGGGAAGUCGCUCAUCGUGAGCGGCCGCGAGGUGUUCGAGUUCCGGCCGGAGCUUGUUGAUGACGACGACGACGAAGCCGACGAUACUCAGUAUGCCGACGAAACAAAGGAGGAGGAGGCGGAGGAGACCGACUCUUCAGACGUCCAGGACAUAGACCUGUCUCGCUUUGUUCCACAAGAGGUCGACCACACGGGUAUUACAGUAGCAGCUACGGACCGAUUCAGCGCCAGGAAUGAGACGGCAAAAGUGGACAACGAGGAGCUGCUGAACGGGGCCUGCGGUGGCGCCGAGGAAAACGGCCUGCCGGGGGGAGGCGAGGAUGGAGGAGGCGAGGAUGAAGAUGACGUUCCAGUGGAUGAAAAUCUAUUCACGGGGGAAGAUCUGGAGGAGCUGGACGAAGAACUCAACACGCUGGGGCUGGAAGACUGAGAUGGAGGAGGAGGAGGAGCAGAGGUCGAGACGGACUAAGUGACAGAAAGGAAUGACGGAUGGAUGCAUGGAGCUAAACAUCUGAGAUCGGACAUUUGAAUGGUUUUAACUUUCAGAGACUCCAGUAAUAAAGCCUGAUUAUCUCAUGACAUCACUUCCUGUCUCUGCGCCCUGUGUUUUCAGUGUCAGCCUUCAGGCCACAUCGCUGCGUAGAAACUGGGCCUGUUGGCAUUUCCUCAGCCAGGGUGCUCAUUCAGAGAUUUUGGGUGCACUUUGGAUUACUGAGAAGCUUGCUGGUUUACAUUUAACAGUUUCUUUGGCCUCCAUCCUUCUCUUUGGGAUCAAUUUAAUCGUUUAUUUAGAGAUGAACAGGAUGACGUUUCUGUUGAGCCCCUGGUCAGAGGCAGAAAUAACCGUCAGUGAUUCUGGUCCAGUUAUAGUGUGAAGAUGCACUUUUCUCUCUCCAACAAACCCAUGAUUUAAUUUAACCGACAUAAAACCAAAAAUCUAAUCCAGCCCUUUGUUCACAAACAUUACCUUCCUCCCUGUGCAGGUUUGUGCUCAUGGCCAGCUCCAUAUUGUAAAUAAUGUUCUCUUGAGAUGCCUCCUUACAAAAUAAAGCAACUCUACAUUCA